GAGCGUCCUUGUGCCCUAAGCUGGAGAGCGAGCGAGCGACUGAGAGAGAGAGAGAGAGAGUUAGAGAGAGAGGGAGGGGAGAUGCGGCGUCAGUCAGCUGCAGUAGGCAGAGGACAGCAGUAGCAGCACUGCCUGCCGCUCUCUAUUGUUCAGCAAGAACAUUUUCCUUCUCGCUCCAAUUAAAACGAGGAGCAGAAGACGAGGAGAUCCAACACACGCAGCAUUCCUUUGGGGGGGCACUACCUGAAGACGCUUGCAAACUCCUUCAAGUUCCUUCUCUGCUCUCGUCUGGGGUUUCUUUUCAUCUGGAGCCGGUGGAUUUUACCCGACUCUGGGGAGCCAUGGGACUUGGGGUUAGGGGUGCAAGGACAGCGUUCCUGUGUUUGUGGAGGUUAUUUUAUCUGCUCUGUGGAAUCUGGACCGCUUGCUCCCAAACCACGGGAGAUGGGAAGUCGCUGUACUUCUGGGAAACAGGUCCGUGGGGCAGGUGUAUGGGCAGCGAGUGCGGUCCCGGCGGCAGUCAGAGUCGUGCGGUGUGGUGUGCUCAUGUGGAGGGCUGGACGACCCUCCACACCAACUGCCUUCAGUCCAGCCGACCCGCCAACCAACAGAGCUGCUUCCGCGUCUGCGACUGGCACAAAGAACUGUACGACUGGCGGCGGGGCGCGUGGAAUCAGUGCGUGCCCAUAUCUCUGCGCACCGGCCGCACAGAAGCCUGUCUGCAGGGAGAGGAGGGCAUCCAAACACGCGAAGUGUACUGCUCGCUCCGAGCGGACGGCUCGACAGCAGAUGAUGCCAUCUGUGAGUACUUUGAGCCCAAACCCAGACAGGAACAGGCUUGUCUUAUUCCGUGCCCUAAGGACUGUGUGGUGACUGAAUUCACCCCGUGGACCACCUGCUCUAAGACAUGCGGGUUGGGUUUGCAGAACCGUGUUCGAUCUGUAGUGGCGCCGCCGCUUUUCGGUGGACUUCCGUGCCCGAAUUUGACUGAGUUCCAGACGUGCGCGCCGAGGGCCUGCGAGGGCCGAGAGACGGUUUUUAAUCUGAGAGUGGGCGGCUGGAGCGAGUGCCAGAGUUUGCCAGUGCCUCCGGUGGUGUUGCCGACCUCCACGGCCGCCCCCGUGCGCGCUGUGCGCCAAACCCGCCGGCGGAAGGGCAAGGAGCGGAAGGGCAGCAGAGACCCGGAGAUGCGGGAGCUCAUCAAGAGCAAGAGAAACCGCAACCGGCUCAGUCGGAUGGAGGAUGACCUCUGGAAUAUGGAAAUAGGAUUUCAGGCCCGACAAGUGGUUUGCGUUCAUCGAAAUGGAAGUACAGUGCCGCUCAGUCAGUGUCCUCACUGGAGUCUGCCGGAGCUCUACCAGUCCUGCCUGAUGCCCAGAGACUGUGUGCUGAGUGAGUGGAGCGAGUGGAGCUCCUGCUCGAAGGCCUGCUCAGACCCCAAGGUCCCGCAGGGCUCUCGGUCCCGCAGCCGCCAGCUGACCCGCCUGCCCAGCGGAGGAGGGUUAGAGUGCCCACAGCUGGAGGAGAGCGAAGCCUGCGAGCCGGAGGGAGACUCAGUGCCACCCUGCGCCCUGUACACGUGGCGGAGCACGGAGUGGAGUGAGUGUCGUGUGGAUGCUCUGCUCAGCCAGCAGGACCGGCGGAGAGCCAAUCACACUGGACUGUGUGGCGGAGGUGUGCAGACCAGAGAGGUUUACUGUGUCCAGGCCAAUGCUGAACUCCUCAACUACAUCAAUAACAGCAAACACAAACAAGAAGGUCAGUCUUCAAAUGGUCAGAUGCCUAGUGUCCCUCCUCUCCUGUCCAUCACCUAUGAGAUCUCAGCAUCUCCACCGGUGGAUGUUCGCCUGUGUAAAGGAGCGACUCCGAGCGCCACACAACUGUGCCACAUUCAGUGCCCUGUGGAGUGUCAGCUGUCCCCAUGGGGCGCCUGGGGGCCCUGCACCUUCGAGAACUGUGACGAACGCAGCGUCAAAAAAGGUUUCAAGUUCAGACGGCGUUCCAUCACUAACUACCCGACGGGAGGUGAGGGCAGCUGUGCUCACCUGGUUGAGUCCAUCCCGUGUGAUGAUCCCAGCUGUUUUACCUGGCAGCUGGUCAAGCUGGAGGAGUGCAUCCCUGAAGAAGACAUGGACUGUGGAGAGGGAACGCAGAAUCCGCAAGUCCGAUGCAUCAACAACGAAGGUGUAGAGGUGGAGAAGGAGAUGUGUUCGGAUGUGGUUUACCCUUCGCCUGUGCCCUGUGUGGUUCCCUGUCCUAAAGACUGUGCUCUGAGCCUCUGGACUGAAUGGUCCACCUGUUCUCAGACCUGCUCAAGCAAAAACGCUGAAGGCAAGCAGAUGAGGACCAGAGCCAUACUGGCCUACAAUGCAGGAGAAGUGACAUCAAUGGUAGUGGCGUGGAUUACAGUUAUGGAGGGUCUUACAAGGGUUCCCAAGUUUCCUGAACUCUAUGGAGGAUCCAGCUGCCCGAACACCAGUGCCUUACAGCAGGUGCGUAACUGUAAUGAGCACGCUUGUGUGGUGUACCACUGGCAAACGGGGCCCUGGAGCCUGUGUGUGGAGGACGGCAGCUCCUCUAGCCUCAACAGCUCCUCCAGCAACGCAGAUAGAGCCUCCUGCACCGCUGGCAUCCAGACACGCAAAGUCAUCUGCGUCAAGGUCAACGUUGGACAGGUGCCACCCAAAAAGUGUCCUGAAGCCCCUCGACCAGAGUCUGUGCAGGUCUGUCAGCUGCCCUGUAAGAGAGACUGUAUAGUGACACCCUACAGUGAAUGGACAGAGUGUCCCACCUCCUGUGAUUCAGGUGCAAAUGGACAGAAGAAUAAGCAGUCUCGCUAUCGAGUGAUCAUUCAGAGGCCAGCCAAUGGAGGUCAGGAGUGUCCAGACACCCUUUAUGAAGAGAAAGACUGCGCAGCUCCAUCUGUCUGUCCUGGUUACAGGUGGAAAACACACAAAUGGCGUAAAUGUCAGCUGGUUCCGUGGAGCAUCCGCAGAGACAGUAAAGGAGCUCAGGAGAACUGCGGAGCUGGAAUCCAGACUCGAGCGGUGUCAUGUCGUCAGCUGGACGGUGGUCUGGCGGAUGUUCUGCAGUGUUUGCGUUCUGCCAGCAGUAUGCCUGCGGUGAGCCAGCUCUGCCAGUUGCCAUGCCGAGAUGACUGCCAGCUCAGCGGCUGGUCCCGCUUCUCCCCCUGCUCCUCAGACUGUGUAGGGGUCCGGACCCGCCGGAGAAACCUGCUGGGAAAGAGCAAGAAGAAGGAUAAGUGUAAGAACAGUCAGAUGUAUCCGCUGAGCGAGACUCAAUACUGUCCCUGUGACAAGUACAACGCGCAGCCGGUGGGAAACUGGUCUGACUGUAUCCUGCCGGAGGGAAUGAAGGAGUGUGGACAGGGCUACCGAUACCAGGCCAUGGUGUGUUACGAUCAGGACAACCGGCUGGUGGAGACCUCGCGCUGUAACAGCCACGGGUAUAUCGAGGAGGCCUGCAUUGUUCCCUGUCCUUCUGACUGUAAACUGAGUGAAUGGUCAAACUGGUCACGCUGCAGUAAAUCCUGUGGCAGUGGUGUUAAAGUUCGCUCAAAAUGGCUCAGAGAAAAGCCUUACAACGGAGGAAGACCCUGCCCAAAACUGGACCACCUGAACCAGGCACAGGUAUAUGAGGUUGUGCCGUGCGUCAGUGACUGCAGUCAGUAUGUGUGGGUGUCUGAACCCUGGAGUGUGUGGAAAGUGAGUAAUGUGGACCUGAAGGAGAAUUGCGGAGAAGGUGUUCAGACCAGGAGAGUCAGGUGUAUGAUGAACACAGUGGACGGUCCUGCUGACGCUGUGGAGGAUUAUCUGUGUGACCCAGAGGAGAUGCCGCCGGGAACCAGAGAGAGUCGUCUGCCAUGCCCAGAGGACUGUGUGCUGUCUGAAUGGAGCCGUUGGACCUCCUGUGACCUGCCGUGCACUGGAAGAGGAGAUCGGGAGAGGACGGCGUUCGCUCUGCGUUUGCCUAAAGAGGGAGAGGACUGUCCUGUCAGCAUGCAGACCGAGCCCUGCCUGCUCAACCGCAACUGCUUCCACUACAGCUACAAUAUCACUGACUGGAGCACAUGCCAAUUAAGUGCCAACGCUGUGUGUGGAAUUGGCCUCAAGACGAGGAUGCUGGACUGCGUUAGAAGUGACGGAAAAUCCGUUGACCUGAAGUAUUGCAAAGAGCUGCGUUUGGAGAAGAAGUGGCAGAUGAACGCAUCCUGUACAGUGGAGUGUCCAGUCAACUGUCAGCUCUCUGAAUGGUCUGCAUGGUCGGACUGUUCCCAGACCUGUGGCCUUGAAGGGAAGAUGUGGAGAAAGCGGACGGUGGUUCAGGCGUCUCAGGGUGACGGUCGGCCGUGUCCUUUUCAGAUGGAGCAGUGGAAACCCUGUCCCGUUCGGCCCUGCUACAGAUGGGAGUACGGGCAGUGGUCUGAGUGCCGCGUCGAGGAUGUGGUGUGCGGGGUAGGUGUGCGCUUUCGGAAUCUGUCCUGUUUUGUGUCUGACGGCUCCAGUGACGGGAAGAGCAGUAUUGUGGAGGAAGAGCUCUGUGCUGGACUGGAGAAGGCCGUCGAUGGAGAUAAGAAGAUUGUCCUGGAGGAGACCUGCACCUUACCCUGCCCUGGUGACUGUUACCUGAUGGAGUGGUCAGACUGGGGCUUGUGUCAGAGUGUGUGUGUGAAAGGUCAGCGUCUGGACUUCACGCCGGUGCAGGUCCGUUCAAGGGCUGUCAUCGCGCAGGAGCCCGAAAACAUCGCUCAGUGUCCUGAUCAGGAGUGGCAGUCACGCCCCUGCCGCAAUGGUGAGUGUUAUGAUUAUCAGUGGAUGGGAGGACUUCAACUGGUCUGGUGUCAGCGGUCAGAUGGAAUAAACGUCACAGGCGGAUGCCCUUCAGCUCUAUUACCAGGGGCCGACCAGUCAUGUGAUCCACUCUGUGACAAACCACAGUCAUUCUGCUCAGAGGAGGCCGUGUGUAUGUGCGAGGAGGGCUUUACUGAAGUGCUCACCACCGAGGGAGCGCUGGAGCAGUGCGCACCCAUUCCUGUGCUGGAAAUCCCCACUGCUGGAGACAAGAAGGCUGAUGUGAAGACCAGCCGGGCUAUCAAUCCCACCCUGCCCACCACUGUACAGCCUGGACGCGUCGGACGCACGUGGUACUUACAGCCUUUUGGAGCAGAUGGGAAGCUGAAGACGUGGGUAUACGGUGUGGCGGCAGGUGUUUUUGUCCUCCUGGUAUUUAUAGUGUCGAUGAUUUACCUCGCAUGCAAAAAGCCAAAGAAACCUCAGCGAAGACAAAACAAUAAUCGACUGAAACCCCUGACCCUGGCGUACGAUGGCGAUGUGGACAUGUAGCCCUUACUGGAGAACUACCGUCAUAAAAACAUCAAUAACAGAGGGGUGAAUCUCAUGAACAAAAACAUGUCCAGCUAAUAUUACUGAUCUUAUUCUGCAAUGCGGAAGUGCACUCGUUUCUGUUGAUUCAUUCCAGCUGCCUAUGAGAGAAAAGACUAGAAAUAAUAAAUGGCAAAACACGGUCAAACCACUUGCUCUACAAACAAGUGUGUUCAUGACUAUACAUGAA